AUGAAGGAGAGUGCUCAGCAGGCCACUGACUUCCUGCCUUAUUACAUGGUGCCCUCGGUUUAUCUCCUGGCAGACCGGGCGCUGCUCUCAGCAUCGGGUAAGCUCGAACGACGAUCCGUACAGCAUUGGCUGGAACAGAUUUCCGCCGACAACCUUGAGCCUAACACUUUGACGGCGUUAUACACAAUGCGGCGGCUACGUAUUGUCUAUAUAUCCAGAGGCCCGCAAUGGGAUCCUGAGGAAUUGGCUGAAUCCACGAUAUUGGAGAGGGAUGUGCUGGAAGACGUGUUAGCGCAGUCGAACGCAUACGGGCAGACAAAGUUGAUCACCGGCGCCAUCAUCCAGCGCGCGGCGGCUGGCGACCCGCGUCUGGCGGCAAAGUUCGCCGUCGUCCGUCCGGCGCUCAUCAUCGGCUCCUCGGUAGACGGGGUGCCUAACCUCGAUGACUUUGUCUGGCGCGUGGUGAUGGGCUGCCACGCCAUCCGCGCAUUCCCGGAGCAACCCAGGUAG